UAAGAGUAUCAGGAAGUAGAAAGUUUCUUCAGAUGUGUUGUGUCGCCGAAAUGACCAUAGUGUUAACGUUUUAACUCGGUUAAAGACUGGACAUAGUGUUGAAAGAAAACCAGGUGUGAAAGCUGCCUACGAAGUUUAAGGACCAGCUGAGGAGGCCAUGAAUCGUGUCCCCCUGCAGCAGCAGCAGAGCUGUGGGUCUUGGGAGCUGAAGGAGCGGCUGGGCACUGGAGGCUUUGGGAAUGUCACACGAUGGCAAAACAAGGACACAGAGGAACAGAUCGCUAUAAAGCAGUGCCGUCAGGAGCUGAGCGAGAGAAAUAAAGAGAGAUGGUGUCUGGAGAUCCAGAUCAUGAAAAGGUUGGAUCAUGUUAACGUUGUCGCAGCCAGAGAGGUUCCUGAGGGAAUGCAGAAAACAAUGACCACCAAUGACCUGCCACUGCUGGCAAUGGAGUACUGUCAGGGAGGAGAUCUGAGAAAGUAUCUAAACCUCUUGGAUAACUGCUGUGGAAUAAGGGAGGGCUCGGUUUUGAUUCUGUUAAGUGACAUUUCAUCAGCUCUAACCUACCUCCAUAAGAAGAGGAUCAUCCACAGAGAUCUGAAACCAGAAAACAUUGUGCUGCAGCAGGGAGAGAAGAGAUUGAUCCACAAGAUUAUAGAUCUCGGUUAUGCUAAAGAGCUGGACCAGAGCAGCCUUUGCACCUCAUUUGUGGGAACACUACAGUACUUGGCUCCAGAGCUCAUUGAGAGACAGAAGUACACGGUCACUGUGGACUACUGGAGCUUCGGGACUUUGGUGUUUGAGUGUAUCACAGGAUUUCGCCCUUUCUUACCAACCUGGCAACCUGUUCCUUGGCACAACAAACUGAGGCUGAAGCAGGACGAUGAUAUUGUCGUCUAUGAGGACCUCUCGGGGGAAAUCCACUUCUCUAAACAUCUCCCUCAGCCUAACAACCUCAACAGUCUGUUAUUAGAGAGACUGGAGAGGUGGCUGCAGCUGAUGUUAAAGUGGUCUCCUCAGGAGAGAGGCAAAGACCGCGAUGCUACACCCACGGACUGCUUCUCCCAGCUGGAGCUCAUACUGCAGCUCAAGCUGGUUCAUGUCCUGAACAUGAUUUCUGCUAAAAUCCUGACGUACUCUGUCUCCGACGAAGAGACUGUGGCCGACCUGCAGCUGAGGAUAGAGAAAGACACUAACAUCCCUGCAGCCAAUCAGGAGCUGCUGCUGGAGGCGGGGCUGGCCUUGGAGUCUCAUGGACUGGCCAAGCAGUGCGCCAUAGAUUAUAAAGAGAUAGAUGGGCGACGGACAGACUUGCCUCUGGUCUUCCUUUUUGAUCGUUCCUCAUGCAGUUAUGAACCUCAGUUUUCUCCUCGCACCCUUCCAGAAAACAUCCGCUUCGUCCAAACCGACCCUAAACGCCUUCUGACUUACAGCCCUCUGCGGAGGACCUGCGGCCAGGCGUGGCACACCAUCCGCUCCCUGAAGGAAGACUGGCAAAGACUGCAGCAAGGGCAGAAAGCUGCCAUCAUGAGCCUGCUGAGACACAACUCUUCAUUGUCCAAACAGAAGAAUGAGAUGGUGUCCAUGCACCAGAGACUCAUGGCCAAGCUGGACUUCUUUACCACGAGCCUCCACAUAGAUAUGGACAAAUACCAGGAGCAGACCGUCACCGGGAUCGCGUCAGAGAAACUCCUGGGCGUGUGGAGGGAGAUGGAGCAGACUGCUGUCAGCUGUGGUCAGGCCAAGGUGAGUGAACUGGAGGAGGAGAUGAUGCAGCUGCAGCCAGACAUAGUGGAUGUGCAGAGACAGCCGUGGAGGAGUGGAGAGGCCCUGGACACACUUGAAGGAAAGGCCAUGGAGCUGUUCCGCAAACUCAGAGAGAAACCCAGAGACCAGAGGUGCCCAGGGGACAGCCAGGAGGUGGUGCGCCUGGUGGUUCAGGCUGUGCAGUUCUACGAGAAGAAGCUCAGAGACUUCUACACACACCUCAGUAAAACAGCAGUGUGUCGUCAGCGUGUGAUGGAGCUGCUGCCGAAGGUGGAGGGUGUGGUCCAGAAGAUGGCUGAGAGCGAACAGGUCCUGAUGAGUCUGCAGGAGAAACGACAGAGGGAGCUGUGGAACUUGCUCAAAGUCGCCUGUAGUAAAGUUCGCAGCCCGGUGAGUGGGAGUCCUGAUGGAUUACGAACUCCCUCUUCAGUGCCGCCUCUACUGACCCCCAGACACAGCUUACAGCAGUUUGACGAGUCUCUUGUGGAGGAGAGCAGGACGUUUGAGAGUAGACUCCAGAGUUUGCUGCAUGACACCAUCCAGGAAUCAGAGAGCAGUAUGGAGGUGUUGAGGGAGUGGACGUGGCUGCAGGGAGGCCAGAAUUUCUCCAGUGACCUCUCCUAAAUUGUAUUUGCUUACAUAUGGUACUCUACUGCCUCUGUGUGGAUGGGAUGUCAAACUACAUGAGGAUGUGGUAAUGGCUGGUCUUUUUAACAAUAUGAAUGGAGUAAUAGCUGCUGGCACAUAUUUGCUUAAUGAGAUUAAGGAGUAAACCUACUCACAACUCCUGUCUGAUGUUGUAAAGAAAGAGGCACUAAAGCAAAUUCAUCUCAGAUUAGAAUGAGAUACAUUUAUUAAAGCAGGAUCUUAUUUAUUCACCCAUUUGUCAUUUUAACAAAACAUUAAAUAUCUUUUGGGCUAAAAUUGCACUUCAUAAUGGAAAGAUCAACCAUUUCAUUGGUACCAUUGAUUGAAUCUGAUAAUCGUAACAUACGAACCAUUUAGAAAGUCCCAGUCUGACCGUACCUACAUACGUUCCUGCAGUGUUACAGUAUGAGAAGAGGUGUGCAAGCCUCACACUGAAUCGGUCAUAAAACAGCUGGCAGUCAUAGAGUAAAUUUUAUCCUCAAAUUUAUAAGUGAAAGAGAAUUCAUGAAUGUAAAUAAUGUUUUACCAAAAUUGAACAGAAAUAAUUCUGUUUUGAAACUAUACAUUUUAGUUACAUUUAUUUCACCAUGUUUGGUGGACUUUUAUCAGAAAACUACAGAUUAUAUUUUAAGAUUUAUGCACAUUCAUUAAACGUUAAAAAAGUGUUAUAUUCUAAAGAUAUUCCUUGAAAUGUGUGUUAUGUACCUAAAAUGUAAAUGUGUAUCCAUUUAUGUUUCUCACUGGACCAAUAUUUUUCAUUGCAAAUUUUAUAUUAGUGGGUGAAGUUUAUAACGGUAAAAAGACUAGUAUAAGUGUAUGCUGAAUGACAUCCACUGCUAAUAAUAUGGAGGGUGGACACAUAAAAGGAACACUUGUACCACAUGGUGCAGUCCAGUAUCCCUGCAAUAAUUACAAGUGUUGUGAAGCUUGUAAUGUUAAAUUCAUGCUGAGAGAGGUUGAGUUUGUGGCCAUAGUCAAAAACAAAACAAGCAUAUCCUAUUUCUCUCUUGGCUUGGUCAAAUAAUAUGGUGAUGAAAACAGAUGGUUUAUAGUCUAAACAACGAUUAUGAAACAUUUUCUUGUUUUGCUUAAACAAUGCAAAUGCAAAAAUAGAGUCAAAUUGAUGUAUUGUGGCAAAACUGUGAAAACUGCUACAAAAACAUUUUAAUUCACUUUACCUCUAUUAUAUUUAAACGGGUGUUUUCUGGAUAUAAUCCCAAAUAUUGGACGUGGUCUUUACUGUGUAUAGAUCAUACAAAGUGAUGAGAGAUGUUACAUAUUGUCGUAUCGGUGAUAUCUUGUGUCUGAUGUCUACGUGUAUGCCUUUAACAAUGUCAGAAUAACAACAUGUUUGACAUUUCUAUCCAAACUUUCAAAACAAGUUAAUUUUGUAUCUUGAAUACAGUAUUUUACUGUACUGUAAAUGAUGUUUACUUUGCUUGAUUUCCAUUUCAAUAAUUCCAACCAAAAAAUAAAACAUCAAGAUCA